ACCAUUUCAUCCCUGGCCAAGUUCCUGGGUGUCCCUGCCAGUGAUACAUUCUGUCAACAAGUAGCCGAGGCCUGCAGUUUUGACAACAUGAAGCGAGUGGAGGACGAGGGCAAGAAAGAAAUGCCAGAACUUAAUGUAAACAAACCCAAAGGUCGGGGCAAAUUGACCAUUUAUCGAAAAGGUGAGCCACAAAUUGGAGAUGACCAUUUAUAGAAAAGGUAAGUCACUAAUUGGUGAUGACAAUUUAUAGAAAAGGUAAGUCACUAAUUGGUGAUGACCAUUUAUAGAAAAGGUGAGUCACAAAUUGGUGAUGACCAUUUAUAGAAAAGUUGAGAUUUUAUUUAUCUUGUCAUGUUAGCCUAACCCAGUGGUCGGAAGACAACUGCUCCAUGCAACCAUGCUUUCCAAACACCAAUGCACUCCAGAUACCCAUGCACUCCAGACACCCAAGCACUCUAGACACCCAUGCAUUCCAGACACCCAGGCACUCCAGUCACUCUUGCACUCCAGGCACCCAUGCACUCCAUACUCUUCAGACACCCAUGCAUUCCAGACACCCAUGCACUCCAGACACUCCAGACACCCAUGCACCGUAGAUACCCAUGCACUCCAGUCACUCAUUUACUCCAGACACCCAUGCACACCAGAAACCCAUGCACUCCAGACACCCAUGCACUCCAGUCACUCCAGACACCCAUGCACCGUAGAUACCCAUGCACUCCAGUCACUCAUUUACUCCAGACACCCAUGCACACCAGACACCCAUGCACUCCAGACACCCAUACACUCCAGACACCCAUGCAUUCCAUACACCCAUGCCCUGCAGACACUCCAUGUACUCCAGAAAUACAUGAAGGAAUAGAUGCAGCUGUUAUUGUUUUUUUAAAAAAAGAUGAGAAUAAUGACAAUCAUAAAAAAAAGAUUUUCUUAGUAGAUAUUAUUUUAAAAAUGGGUUCUGUAGCCGACCCCUGGACUUACCCAUGCUACCUACCGUAGCUGCACCUCUGGUUGUAGUAUCUCUUGCUAUGCUGCCUACCCUAGCUACACCGUACACCUCUAGUUGUAGAAGUAUCGCUUGAUAUGCUACCUACCCUAGCUACACCUCUGGUUGUAGAAGUAUCUCUUGCUAUGCUGCCUACCCUAGCUACACCGUACACCUCUGGUUGUAGAACUAUCUCUUGCUAUGCUACCUACCUUAGCUCAACCUCUGGUUGUAGUAGAAGUAGGCCCUAUCUCUUGCUUUAAUGCAUCUAUUUCAAUGUUAUCCCAGGAACAAUUGGAGACUGGAAGAAUGUGUUUACGGAGGAACAAAGACGAGAGUUUGAUGCUUACAUCGAGAGAGAGGAGAAGAAAGGGCUCGCGUACAGGUUCACUUUCGAAUAAAGC